AUGGAUGAGCAAAAUAGGGAGCGUCUGAUGCCACCAGAAAUGGAAGAACGACUUCAUCAAGACGAUUUCUUAUCAAUACGUUAUAGCACUGAGCUCGUAAUCAUAAUGGAUAACACUACUAAUGCAAAUCUUACAUUGUCAAAAGUGUGA